AUGUCUAGGUGUAUAUUUUGCUCUCUCUCUCUCUCUCUCACUCUCACUCUCUCUCUCUCUAUAUAUAUAUAUCUCUUUCGCUGCCAUUUAUUUUCUCUCCCUCUCCCUCCCUCUCCCACUCCUUCUCUCUCUCGUUCACAUUUAUUUUUCUAUUUCCUCUUUCACUUUCCCUCUCUCCUCCAUUUAUUUUUCCUCUUCUCUCCCUCCCUCCCUCUCUUUCACUUGUCUCUGUUUAUUUUCUCUUUCUUUUUCUCCUCUCUCUCUAUAUAUCUCCUUCUCUCUCUCUUUUCCGUCUCCAUUUAUUUUCCUCUUUCACUUUCUCUCUCUCGUCUCCAUUUAUUUUUCUUCCCCCCUCUCUCUCUCGUCUCUAUUUAUUUUUCUCUUUCUUUUUCUCUCUACUCCUCUCUCUCUAUCUCCCUCUUCUCUAUCUUUCUCUCUUUCCUCUCCAUUUAUUUUCCUCUUUCCUCUUUUACUCUAUCUCUCUCUCUCUCUCUCGUUUCCAUUUAUUCGUCCUUCUAUAAAUCUUUCGUCUAUAUUUCUUUUCCUCUCUCUUUCCACUUAAUGUCUUCCUUCCUCGACCUCUCUCUCUCGUAUCUCAAUUUCUCUAUCAUUUUUUUUUUUUUCUGUCUGUCCAUCUCUCUCUGUCGUUUCCAUUUCCUUUCUUUUCCGUCUCUCUCUCUCUCUCCCUCUCUCCCUCUCUCUCUCUUUCUAAUUCUUUUUUCUUUCUCAUUUCUAUUUUCUCUGUCUCUGUCUCUCUUCUUGUUUCUAUUUUAUUUCUCUUCUGUCAUCUCCCCCUUCUUUCUCAUCUACGUUUCUUUUCUCUCUUGCUCUCAUCUCCAUUUAUUACUCUCUCUCUCUCUCUCUCUCUCUCUCUCUAUCUCUCUCUCUCUCUCUUUCUCGCAUCUUCAUUUUUUCUUUCUCUUCCUCUUUCUAAUGCCCACUCUAUCAUCACGCCCUCUCUAUCUUUCUCUGUGUGUCUCCAUCUUUUGUCUCAAUGUAUUUCGUCUUUAUCACUUUCUUUAUUUUAUCAUGUCUCUAUUUCUCUUUUUCUCCCUCUUUCUCUUUCUGAACUCACUUUCAUUCUCUCUCUCUCUCUCUCUCUCUCUCUCUCACACACACACACACACAAACACACAUAUGUAUUUUCACUAUCUCACUCUUGUUUCCAUUUCUUUUCUCGUUCACCCAUCUCUCUUUCUCUCUCUGAACUACGUUUCUUUUUCCUUUCUGUCUCUCUCGCUCCAUUUUCUUCUAUCUCUAUUUCUAUCUCUCGUCUCCAUUUAUUUUACCCUCUCUCUCUCUCGCUCUCUCUUUCUCUCUCUCUCUCUCUUUUCUUUGUUCUCUCUCUCCAUUUCUUUCUGGCUUUCUAAUCAUUAUUAUGUCUUCCUCUCUCUUUUUUAUUUCCUGUCUCAGUUUAUUUUUCUCUCUGUCUUCUCUCUAAUUUGCAACUCCAUCUCUCUCUCUCUCUCUCUCUCUCUCUCUCUCUCUCUCUCUCUCUGUCUAAUAUCACUCGCCCUCAUUUCUUUCCCCCAAUCUCUCUCUCCCACUCAUUCACCAAUAUGUUAUGAUUUUCUUUCUCUUUUUCUCUCUCUCCUUCAUUUACUCCCUCCCUCUCUGUCUCUCUCUCUAUCUCUGAAUAACUCUCUCUCUCUCUCUCUCUCUCUCUCUCUCUCUCUCUCUUCUCUCUAUUUCUUUUUCUUUCUUUCAUUCCGGUAUAUUUUCUAUCACCGAAUAAUUGCUUGUCUCUCUCUCUAUAUAUUCCUGAUAUUUUUUCUGUCACUCUCUCACGCUCUCUUCUUUCUCCAUCUUCUCUCCAUCCAAACUUCUACUUGUCGAUGCCAAAAUAUCAAGUAUCACAGAAUCAGCCAACCAAUAUCGGAUACUCGAACCAAUAAAUCACUUUUCUCUAUUUCGGCAUCCUUCUUCUUUCUUUUCUUCUCUCAUUUAAUUCAUGGACCUCUAUUCGACACUCCCCAACCUUCUCUAAAUUUCGUCCCCCGCCCCUUUUCAAACAUUUUCUCACUGCAUCUUUCUAUUUACCUCUAA